UCAGCUCAGCAGCCAUCAUCAUAUAAAGCAAACGAACUUUUGUGGUGUAGCUCCAGCCAAACGAAGCGAGCAGUGGAAAAGACGAAAAUCUCUCGUUCAUAUUUACGACAAAGUUCUUUUGAAGUCGGAAAAGGUAAUUCCACACUUCAGAUGACGUUUUCGCAAAGUUUUUGUGGAAUAAUCUACCGAGUUGAAUGAGCAAAUAGGCAAUAUAUUUCUACGGUUCGUCGUCUAAAGUGGCCAUUGCUUGCUGCGCUUCUGGAACAAACGAGUCAAUAAACGGGGUGUAAAAGAAAACAGAAAAUAAGCGUUCGUAUCAAUUGUUUUCCAAGCCGAAAAGUGAGUAAUCGCAGCAGUAGCGUCAAUUUUGACAAAAAUCCCAACGCUAUCAUCAGUUCACGGAUACAAAAAUUAUCGUUUGAAGCUUGACCGAGCUAAGACUUUACAUUAUUACUAAGUACUUCGAUAGUUGCAAGGAACAUGGCGCAGAAUAUCAACCCGGAACGUGCUGCUUCCUCAAACCCGUCGAAACAGAGUGAUGAAACUCUCAUCAAUAACAAUAAUCAUGCAGUUAGUAAAAGACUCCAGAAAGAGCUGAUGGCUUUAAUGAUGUCCUCAGAAAAAACUAUUUCAGCCUUCCCGGAGGGCGAGAAUUUUUUCAAAUGGAUAGGAACCAUAUGCGGUCCGGAGGGCACUGUUUACAAGGGCCAGAAGUACAAGCUGCUGUUGGAGUUUCCAAAUUCUUACCCAUACUCGGCGCCCAAUGUAAAAUUCUUAACACCCUGCUUCCACCCCAAUGUGGACCUGAGCGGUUCGAUUUGCUUAGACAUCCUGAAGGACAAAUGGUCUGCCCUGUAUGACGUGCGGACGAUUUUGCUCUCCAUCCAGUCGCUGCUGGGAGAGCCCAAUAACGACAGCCCGCUAAAUUCGCAAGCCUCCCAGAUGUGGCCUAAUCAAGCUGAGUAUAAGAAAUAUUUAGACGAUUUCUAUGAGAAGCAUAAAGAGGUCUAAGUGCGUCGAAACAACAGUGGCUGGUGGGUUGAGAGAACGCGGUAUGCAGUGAUGGAUGAAUGCGUGCGCGAAUUUGAAUCACACGGAUGGACAUUCAACCAUAUACAUUCAAGCGAUAAGAAAUAACAACUACACAUGCAAAAUGCAACAAGAGAGACAAAUACCGAAUUGAUGUGCGAUCGGUUCAAACGGAUAUCUGUGAAACAAACAAAAAAUCUGAUGAUUUAAACAAAGGUAGUGUGGGAUGAUUGUUGUGACCCACUGUGAGCAGAUCAAAUUUAUUCACAGGCCAUUUUUAUGCUGAGGGGAGUAGCGAACAGUUUUGUAGAAGUUAAUUUUAAACUGCGGAUAUAUUUAUUAACAAGAUAUCGAUUAAAACGUUUACUGUAUGGUUGAUUUAUGUACUACGAUCUGUUUAUUCUCGAUAUAAUUUAUUUUGACGUAAAUGUCUUCUCAUUAGCGUGUAGAGCAACACUCAAAUAAGUCUAAAGUAUAUCGCGCUGAUACAUCCGGAAGCAGAAAAAGUUAGACGUACACAUAUUUAGCAGCAGAGACGCAGCUGCGAUUGCCUUAGAUGGACAUCUUCAAAUAAUUCCAAAGCAUACAAUUAACGUGGUUUGUCAGUAACAUAGCAGAAAAGUACCCAAGCAAGUUCGACCUUUUACACAGCUAUCUCUUGAAAAUCAUUUUCUGACAUGUACCAAACUAUCAUCUAGUAAAUAAUGUUUAGCUAAUAGUCAAGCGGAGGUGUUUUAUAUAGUAUUGAAUCAUGCGCUAGGAACGAGAUCGAGGAAGAUUCUUUUUGUACUGUGUUCUAGGAAUUCAACGUCAAACACUAUAGUUUAAAGAAGCUUUGCCUGAUAAACUACCGUAGCGUGUCAGCGCAACGAACAGCACGCAUUACAGCACUAUUAGCCCAGAGAGUAUUCUGACUACUUUGCACUUGGUAUUUUCUCGUUUUUUGUUUCUUUUGAUUCUGUCCGUAUUUUAUUAUAAAUAAUUCAGCAAGGCAAUUGGUAUCUGUAAACAUGAAUAAAUUACAAUUCCACUGAA